CCAGCAUAGGGGCCAGGAGGAUAUAAAGCCAGGGUGGCAGAGCCAACCUCAGCCUCAGCCUAUAUGACAGGUCUAUAGGUCAGCUCUGGACCUACACAAGGAUUUAACUAAACAGAAUCAGAUGAGCCAACACUAGUCUGUCAUACCAGCGCUCCAAACCCAUAGCUGCCGAUUGCUUCUGAUACUUAGACAGUCUCUAGGCCCUGACCAGAGGACUGAAGGACCUCAGUAUUCCUUUUCUGUAGUGUUUGACCUGUAGAAGCCAGUAGGUGUGAGGAGCCUGUAUUUACAGCCAGUCUGAUGGAGAAUGAUGCCUAUGACAGGAUCGGGGACGAACCCCCUAACUACGAGGAGACGUCUUUCUCCGGUGGUACCACCUCUAACGGUAAUGGGACCGGUAACGGAGAGCACCGGGCCGUCCGUCCGUCCGUGGUCAGUGCGUUUGGUCAUGACACGCUGGACCGCGUGCCCAACAUCGACUUCUACCGGAAUGCUGGGAGUGUGAGCGGUAACCGUGCGGUCCGACCGUCCCUGCAGGAGCUCCACGAUGUCUUCCAGAAGAAUGGAAGGAUCUCAGUGACGACCACGGUGGAGGACAGAGAGGGGAGCGAUGGGACGCCGUCGGACGAUGUGGAGUCUGUCAUUCCCCUGGACAACAAAGAUGGAACCGUGAGGUUCGGCUGGAUAAAGGGAGUCCUGGUGAGAUGUAUGUUGAACAUCUGGGGUGUGAUGCUGUUCAUCCGUCUGUCCUGGGUGUUUGGACAGGCCGGCUGGGGUCUGGGCAUUGUGGUCAUUGCUCUGAGCUGUGUGGUGACCACCGUCACAGGUCUCUCCAUGUCUGCUAUCUGCACCAAUGGAGUGGUACGAGGAGGAGGGGCGUACUACCUGAUAUCACGUAGUCUGGGACCAGAGUUUGGCGGUUCCAUUGGUCUCAUCUUCGCCUUCGCUAACGCUGUUGCCGUGGCGAUGUACGUGGUGGGCUUCGCAGAGACUGUGGUUGACCUACUCAAGGAAAAUGAUGCCAUUAUGAUAGAUGAGCUGAAUGACAUCAGGAUCAUCGGCUGUAUCUCGGUGGUACUGCUGCUGGGGAUCUCAGUGGCCGGGAUGGAGUGGGAGGCCAAGGCCCAGAUCGGUUUGCUGAUCAUCCUCCUGAUAGCCAUCGUCAACGUCUUCGUAGGAACUGGCAUCCCAGCCUCCACCGACAAGAAGUCCAAAGGAUUCUUUAACUAUGACGCCAAAAUAUUUAUGGAGAACUUACCGCCUGACUUCCGAGAUGGAGAGACGUUCUUCUCUGUGUUCGCCAUCUUCUUCCCUGCUGCCACGGGUAUCCUGGCCGGAGCUAACAUCUCUGGAGACCUGAAGGAUGCCCAGGAUGCUCUCCCUAAAGGAACCCUGCUGGCCAUCCUCAUCACUGGAGUCACAUACCUGGGAGUCGCCCUCUGUGUCUCUGCCACGGUGGUGCGUGAUGCAACAGGAAACAUCAACGACACCAUUGCCACAGGGAUGGACAUGUUCUGUAACGGUACCAACACUGCUGCCUGUGAGCAGGGAUGGAACUUCUCCUCCUGUGAUGUCAGCAGCUGCAAGUUUGGCUCCAUGAACAACUUCCAGGUGAUGACCAUGGUGUCAGGGUUCGGUCCUCUCAUCACAGCAGGAACCUUCUCUGCCACCCUCUCCUCCGCCCUCGCCUCCCUCGUCAGCGCACCCAAAGUCUUCCAGGCUCUGUGUAAAGAUAACAUCUACACUGCACUGAAGUUCUUCGCCAAGGGACACGGCAAGAACAACGAGCCAAUCAGAGGCUACGUUCUGACUUUCAUCAUCGCUGUCGCCUUCAUAAUCAUCGCCGAUCUGAACGUCAUUGCGCCCAUCAUCUCCAACUUCUUCCUGGCAUCGUACGCCCUCAUCAACUUUUCCUGCUUCCACGCUUCAUACGCUAAGUCCCCAGGCUGGAGGCCAGCAUACAGGUACUACAACAUGUGGUUGUCUCUGUUUGGAGCGGUGCUCUGCUGUGGUGUGAUGUUUGUCAUCAACUGGUGGGCUGCUCUCCUCACCUACGCAAUCGAGAUCUUCCUAUAUGUCUACGUCACUGUCAAGAAGCCAAAUGUGAACUGGGGCUCGUCCACUCAGGCCGUGACGUUUGUCAGCGCGGUCAACAACACUCUGUCACUGACCGGAAUAGAGGACCAUGUUAAGAACUUCCGACCUCAGUGUAUGGUGCUGACAGGAGCACCUAAGAACAGACCGGCACUCCUGGACCUGGCUCAUUGUUUCACUAAGAACUACGGACUCUGUCUCACAUGUGAAGUCUUUGUGGGCCCGAGAACAGAGACAUUGACAGAUGUGAACGCUGGAAUGGAGAAGAACCAGAUGUGGCUGAAUAAGAAGAAGAGAAAAGCCUUCUAUGCUGCAGUGGCCUGUGACUCCUUCAGACAGGGAACUGAGAACCUCAUGCAGGCAUCAGGUCUGGGUCGUCUGAAACCCAACAUUCUGAUGAUGGGCUUCAAGAAGGACUGGAGGACAGCAGACACAGCUGGCGUACAGAGCUAUGUAGGAGUACUGCACGAUGCAUUUGACUUUGAGUACGGAACCGUGGUACUAAGGAUGAACCAGGGACUGGACAUCUCACACAUCAUAAAGGCUCAGGAGGAGAUGGAGAGAGACGCCCAGGAGCAGAAGGAUCUGGAGAAAGAAGAGCUGGCUGAGGAGAAUAAGGGGAAAUCCAUCUUCAGGAAGUCACGGAACUUAUCUACACAAGGCCUCACUUCCAGAGCAUCAGUGACGACCCCCCAGUCUCCCCAGGUAGUGGUGGUGAAUGAAAGGCUGGUGUCCACCAGCACUCAGUUCCAGAGGAAACAGGGCAAAGGAACCAUCGAUGUCUGGUGGAUGUUUGAUGACGGAGGUCUAACCCUACUGCUGCCCUACAUCCUGACAACCCGUAAGAAGUUCAAGGACUGUAAGAUGAGGAUCUUCAUCGCUGGCCAGCCGGGACGUGUCGAGCAGGACAGACAUGAGAUGAAGUCUCUGCUGGAGAAGUUCAGGAUCAAAUAUGCAGACAUCCACGUCAUCGACGACAUCACCCAAAACCCCAACUCUAACAGCUGGAAGAUGUUUGAGGACAUGAUUGAGCCGUUCCGUCUUCACGAGGGGUCAAAGAGCACCACUCUGACCGAGGCUCUGAGGAAAGACAACCCCUGGAAGAUCUCUGACGCCGAGCUGGACACCUUCGAAGAAAAGACCAACCUCCAGGUCAGGCUGAAUGAACUACUGCAGGAGAACUCCCGAGCUGCCAACCUCAUCAUAGUGAGUAUGCCCAUCGCCCGUCUAGGCUCAGUCUCUGACCACCUCUACAUGGCCUGGUUGGACAUCCUCACCAAGAACCUCCCUCCCACCAUGUUGAUCAGAGGCAACCACAAGAGCGUCCUCACCUUCUACUCAUAGACCGACCCUCUCAGCAGUCACUAGAUGGCCACAAGGGACAACCAAGGCACUUUCAUCAAUAUCCAGGAGUUAGUUGCUAUCAGUUUAAAUGAAAAGGUGAUGGUUAGAGAUAAGGUUAUGGAAAAGGUUAAAGGUUAGAUAGUGAGGUUCUUCCGUCUUGUCUAGCAUUCCCAAAUAGUGAUGACACAACACAGACAUAUGGACUCAGGGAUAUAUGGGCACAAGGACCGGACACUGCCUGGGAUGGGUCAAUUACACUGCCUGGGAUGGGUCAAUUACACUGCCAGUGCCUAUGCUGCCCCCCGUUGGAAUUGUACAUGUGGUGCAUAAUUAGGGGUCCAAACCCUGAAUCGGGCCGGAAAACUCUUAUUAUUAUAUAUAUAUUAGUCAUGUAACAGAUGCUCUUAUCCAGAGCAACUUACAGUUAGUGUUCUUGUUAAGGAUAUUAUUAUUCUGACAUAUUAUUAUUAUUAUUAUUAUUCCAAUUUUAAGAGUUCGACCUAUAGUUCGACCUACAGAGACCAAACUUGGAGGGAUGGUGUAAAUUGUGACCCAAUACAUCUGGUAAAUCUUUGGUAUUUGACACAGAGUGGGACUGGGACGUUAGAUAACAGACUGCUCCCAGGCUAGUUGGAGCCCCCUGCUGGCUAUGCAUCUCAAUAUGGGAUACUUUUUCCUUAAAUAUACACUUGUCCACUACCUACAUAGUGGUCCUCUGUAGCACAGUUGGUAGAGCAUGAUGCUUGCAAUGCCAGGAUAGUGGGUUCGAUAUCCGGGACCAUUCAUAUGUAAAACAUUUUUGGUACGCAUGACAGUAAGUUGCUUUAGAUAUAAGUGUCUGAUAAAUGGCAUAAAUUAUAUUAUUCUAUAUUAUGAGAUUGGUGUAAGAGCAAAAGAUUGAGUCAAGACCAGAACCUGUAGUUCAUACAUACAGACUCCUCCAUAGUUCUCAACCCUGAGGCCAGCAUGGGCUAGUGCCUUCGUCUUGUACAUGCCAACCCAUGGCGGCCCAGGUUCAAAAACCCUGAGGCCAGCAUGGGCUAGUGCCUUCGUCUUGUACAUGCCAACCCAUGGCGGCCCAGGUUCAAAUCCCACCACUGCUGCUUUCAGAUAGACAUCCCUAGACACUGAGUUGGCGUUGUGGCUGAAUUUGAUGACUUAAAUAAGGGCAAAAUAUUUGAGGAAGAGUCAAAAGUCUUGGGCCCAGGUCAUUGCUGCUUGCAGCUAGCCUAUAUGUAUAACUCUUCUUUUGGGGGAACAACAGAUGAUACACACUGAGUACACAAAACAUUAAGAACACCUGCUCUUUCCACGACAUAGACUGACCAGGUGAAUCCAGGUGAAAGCUAUGAUCCCUUAUUGAUGUCACUUGUUAAAUCCACUUCAAUCAGUGUAGAUGAACCGGAGGAGACAGGUUAAAGAAGGAUUUUUAAGCCUUAAGACAAUUGACACAUGGAUUGUGUAUGAGUGCCAUUCAGAGGGUGAAUGGGCAAGACAAGUCCCUUUGAACGGGGUAUGGUAGUAAGUACCAGGUGCACCAGUUAGUCCCUUUGAACGGGGUAUGGUAGUAAGUGCCAGGUGCACCAGUUUGUGCCUUUGAACGGGGUAUGUUAGUAAGUGCCAGGUGCACCAGUUUGUGCCUUUGAACGGGGUAUGGUAGUAAGUGCCAGGUGCACCAGUUUGUGCCUUUGAACGGGGUAUGGUAGUAAGUGCCAGGUGCACCAGUUUGUGCCUUUGAACGGGGUAUGGUAGUAAGUGCCAGGUGCACCAGUUUGUGCCUUUGAACGGGGUAUGGUAGUAAGUGCCAGGUGCACCAGUUUGUGCCUUUGAACGGGGUAUGGUAGUAAGUGCCAGGUGCACCAGUUUGUGCCUUUGAACGGGGUAUGGUAGUAAGUGCCAGGUGCACCAGUUUGUGCCUUUGAACGGGGUAUGGUAGUAAGUGCCAGGUGCACCAGUUUGUGCCUUUGAACGGGGUAUGGUAGUAAGUGCCAGGUGCACCAGUUUGUGCCUUUGAACGGGGUAUGGUAGUAAGUGCCAGGUGCACCAGUUUGUGCCUUUGAACGGGGUAUGGUAGUAAGUGCCAGGUGCACCAGUUUGUGCCUUUGAACAGGGUAUGGUAGUAAGUGCCAGGUGCACCAGUUUGUGUCAACAUCUGUAACGCUGUUGGGUUUUCCCACUCAACAGUUUCCUGUGUGUAUCAAGAAAGGUCCACCACCCUAAGAACAUCCAGCCAACUUGACACAACUGUGGAAAGCAUUGGAGUCAACAUGGGCCAGCAUUCCUGUGGAAUGCUAAUUGAGGCUGUUCCCCGGGCAACUCAAGAUGGUGUCCUUAAUGUUUUGUACACUGUGUAUGUAGGCUAGCAAACAAAUGACCUAUGCAAAAAGUGAUCAAUAUAUAAUUAACAUUUUUUUUAAAUUAUAUUCAAAUGCUACUAGCGGCGUUGAUAACUUGAUUAAAAAAAAUAAGAUUAGUUUGAUAUCCAUUGAAAAAUACUGUAUACUACUUUGUAUAGAUGUGUAUAUUCAACACAAGUAGCUACUAGUUGAGUGUCUCGGGAAAUUAUGAAGGGAUCACUUAAUGCACACACACGCACGCGCACACACACACACACACACACACUGUGAUGAAAAUCUAUCAAACAGAACAGGAAAAUGUAAAUCAACUUAUGUGCUGUAUAUUUUCAAUAUAGAAAUGCUUGAUUUAUUUCUGUGUUUUAACCAUUGUCUUUUAUAAGACUCAGUCCUUAUCAUAUUUAACUGUCAUAUUUUAAUUAAAAUAAAAUGUUGAGUUACUCUUA